GCUGAGAUUUUCACAUAAAAUAACUUCACUCGAUUAAAUUGUUUUUAUUUUUAAUGAGUCAUUCACUUACAAUCCAAGUUUGAAGUUAAGGACAUGACAAAUCUCGCUGUCAGAUCUUGGAAGCGGUUGAUGAUGUGCCAACCCACUUCCUUUGACGUAAUACACCAGGGGCAUAACGCGUACAUGACAAUGGAUUCACCAGUGGAUAGGGCUCUUGCUAUGAAACAGUGGGAGGGAGUCAAAUCAACAUUUGAGUCUAUCGGAGUGGAGGUGGAGGUUAUAAAGAACAUGCCGGGUCAGGUUGACCAGGUUUUCUGUGCUAAUUGUGCUCUGGUCUGGGGAGGGAAAGCUCUUAUUUCAAACAUGUUCAACCCGCCACGCAGAGCUGAGUCAGAGCCCACAAUAGAGUGGUUUAAGGAAAGGAACUUCGAGGUAUACGAUUCUCGACCUCAUGGUUUGAACCUGGAGGGAUGUGGUGAUUUUGCUUACAACUACAACAGAAAACAUGCUUACUUAGGAUACGGAUUCAGAUCAGAUAAAGAAUCCUACGACCUAGUAAAGGACGUUAUCGACUUCACAGGAACGGAGUUUCACAGCCUGCACCUAGUCUCCGAGUUGUGUUAUCAUCUUGAUACAGCCAUGUUGAGCCUGUCUCAGGGCCAUGUUCUAGUGUUCCCUCCGGCAUUUGAUACACACUCCUUCAAUCUUAUCAAAGAAGUGAACGGGGCAGAUAACAUUAUAGAGAUAUCAGAAGAGGAUUGUGUGGACAACUUUGUACCAAACGCUAUUCCUGUCCACGAUGGAGACAAGCACUAUGUAGUUGGGAUGGCAUUCUCUCCGGAACUGCACAAGAAGUUAACAGAUCUUGGUUACGAGAUUCUAAUCACCCCUUACCAGGAGUUCCGUAAAAGUGGUGGCAGUAUCAGGUGCUCUGUUCUCGAUAUUGGUAUUUAGAAGGAGGGAUACUGUAAAAGUGGUGGCAGUAUCAGGUGCUCUGUUCUCGAUAUUGGUAUUUAGAAGGAGGGAUACUGUAAAAGUGGUGGCAGUAUCAGGUGCUCUGUUCUCGAUAUUGGUAUUUAGAAGGAGGGAUACUGUAAAAGUGGUGGCAGUAUCAGGUGCUCUGUUCUCGAUAUUGGUAUUUAGAAGGAGGGAUACUGUAAAAGUGGUGGCAGUAUCAGGUGCUCUGUUCUCGAUAUUGGUAUUUAGAAGGAGGGAUACUGUAAAAGUGGUGGCAGUAUCAGGUGCUCUGUUCUCGAUAUUGGUAUUUAGAAGGAGGGAUACUGUAAAAGUGGUGGCAGUAUCAGGUGCUCUGUUCUCGAUAUUGGUAUUUAGAAGGAGGGAUACUGUAAAAGUGGUGGCAGUAUCAGGUGCUCUGUUCUCGAUAUUGGUAUUUAGAAGGAGGGAUACUGUAAAAGUGGUGGCAGUAUCAGGUGCUCUGUUCUCGAUAUUGGUAUUUAGAAGGAGGGAUACUGUAAAAGUGGUGGCAGUAUCAGGUGCUCUGUUCUCGAUAUUGGUAUUUAGAAGGAGGGAUACUGUAAAAGUGGUGGCAG